GCUAGAGCGUGAAUUGCGUUUUGCAUAUUGUUGUUGAGCGAAGUUUUGAAGAUGGUGCAAUUAUCGAAAGCUGGAGUCAACGAGAAUCCGUCUCUGAAAGCUGGACACCCUCCUGCAGGAAAGGCUGUAGGAAAAAGAGCGGCUAAAAAAGGUGGUGAAGAAAAUGUUCCUUCUGAAAAAGAGGCCAAGAGACCUACAGCAGAAAAGAGGUCCACUGCAGUGCUUUCCAGAAUGCAGUCGAUCAGUAUUCUUCUAGCUGGUACUCUUGAUAAGUUAAGUUGUGAAUUUCCAGCUGCAACAGCAAGUGUUGCAUGUAACAAGCCCAGACCUGCAGUUGAAAAGCUGCACACACCGAAGAAACUGUACCUCAUUCAACAGCCCCGCAAGUGUUGAGUGAUAGGCCAGUUUGCGGGGGAGGGGGGGGUGGGGGUGGUGGUACUGUAUAAUGGAGGGAUGGCUUAUUUCAGUAAGAUAAAGCAAUAGAUUUAAAAUAGUGCUUUUUCUGGAUGCAUGUUUUCUUUAUGGAGUUCAGUUUGUAUGUCAAAACUACUAAUAAAUGAAAUGGAUAUAAA